AUGCAGCCAAGGUGCAUCCCCAUGGGCAGAGGGCUUCUCCUCCUCGGACUUCUCUGCGUCCUACUCUGGGGGCUUGGGCUGCCCGGCACAGACGGCAGCCCCCAGCCCUCUCAGGGCUACACAGCCUACGAGAUAGUCAUUCCAAGGAAACUUGACUUCAAGGCAGGGAAAGCCAGCCAGGACAAAGUGUCCUAUAUCAUCAGCAUUCAGGGCGUAUAUUACACAAUUCACCUCAGGCAGAAAGACUUUGUAAUAGAAAACUUGCCCGUAUUCAUUCGUGACUCCCAAGGGGAAAUCACGGCCGAACAGCCCCACGUGUCAGCAGAUUGCUACUACCAUGGCUACGUGGGAGGCAUCCUGGAUUCUGCGGUCACCCUGACGAUCUGCUCUGGGCUCAGAGGACUGCUGCAGAUUGGAAAUUCAAGGUAUUUAGAGCUCCUUGUUGUGGUGGACAAGGAAGGUUUUGAUGCCUCUGGCAGAAGUAUAACUAAUGUGACGCUGGAAGUUGUUGAAAUAAUCAAUCUGGUGGACGCGCUGUUUUAUCCUUUCUGCCUUUGUGUUUUGAUGACUGCACUAGAGGUUUGGGUGGAAAAGAACCCUAUCAGCGUUACCAACAACAUAACCAAUGUCCUUCAUAAUUUUAAUCUUUGGUGGAAGCAGCAAAGCCUUACGUACGCCAUGCAUGACGUGGGGUGUCUAUUUACCUCGAUGGACUUUGAUCACCAUACGAGAGCAUUGCACAUGGGUGCGAAAUCCAACUUUGCCAGUGCGUGUGAUGAUAGAAAACGAGCCUCUGCUGUCGUAUCAUUUGCGAAACAGCCUUAUACGGACACUGCUGUCCAUGUCGCUCGUGCAUUAGGGUAUGUCCUUGGCAUGGAGCAAGAUGACAGAAACUGCCGGUGUGGAAACACCUCUAAAUGCAUCAUGAGCGCACACGGGACAGGGAACUAUCAAUUCAGCAACUGCAGCAAAAAGAGCUAUUUUGAUUUUAUAGCAUCAGGGCAAGGAUUCUGCCUUAGUAACGCCCCAGAAUCGGGAAUGACAUUUGCACCACAGCGCUGCGGGAAUGGUGUCCUGGAGGCUGGGGAGGAGUGCGACUGUGGCUCAGAAGCACAGUGUAAAUUGGACCUCUGUUGUGACAAUGCCUGUCAAAAAAAAAAAAAAAAAAAAAAGAGAGCCAUUUGCACUUCUGGAGGCUGCUGUAAGAAUUGCAAACCUCUUCCAGAAGGAGAAGUGUGUAGGGAGAGUGCUGGUCUGUGUGACUUGCCCGAGUAUUGCAAUGGGACAUCCGAGCAUUGCCCAGCAGAUGUGGCCAAGCAAGACAGGACUUUGUGCGCUGAGGAUGAGUACUGUGAUUCGGGCAAAUGCCAGUCUCACACGUUACAGUGUAUGAGUAUCUUCGGCAAGGAAGCAAAGCCUGCCCCACUACCAUGUUUCCAGGAGGUGAACACGAAAGGAGAUCGUUUUGGCAAUUGCUGGGGAGAUGGGGCAGAUAUCAGCUUUCAGAAAUGUAAGCUGGAAAACGUCCUGUGUGGGAGGGUGCAGUGCACAAAUGUUAGACGUCUACCUCAGCUGGAAGAUCAUACAACCAUCAUUCAGACCCCGGUGGGUGAUACCUGGUGUUGGGGCACAGACUACCACUUAGGCAUGGAUGUUCUGGAUGCUGGAGUCAUUAAGGAUGGCAUGCAGUGUGGUGAGAAGAAGUUCUGCAUUAAUCGGACAGGAAAAGGCGUCUGCAACACUAGAGCCACCUGCCACUGUGCCAACGGCUGGGCACCUCCCUGCUGCCAGUUUGUUGGCUUCGGAGGAAGCGUUGACAGUGGGCCUACAGCGGUCACUAAGAAGGGGCUUUUUUGGUUCAACAUCAGGAUUACUGUAAUAACUGCUGCUGUUCUGGCGCUCACAGCACUUGUCGUUGUGCACGUGAGAAAGCUCAGAGUAACUCAAGCAUUGAACAACAGACUCGUCAGGUGCUUUGGGGCUAGAGAACGGGCUCCUGAGAAGGAUGCGAAGGACCAGGUGGAAGAAGAUGGCUCAAAACCAGCUGAGAGCCAAAACUCCGCGGUAUAG